AAUCACUAGCGAACGUGCGUUUCGAUAGGUCGUCGGUAUUUAUAAUCGAUUCAUAGUCUGCUAUCAUCUACGCAUUUUUUUAUUCAUUAAAAAGACAUAUUUCAUAGACUUGUUUUUCUCUAACAAAGCAAUCUUUCUAUUUAAUAAAGUCUCGUACAAUCAGAACAAAAGAAAAAGUUUCACUAUCUUUUACCGCCGACUGUACAUCUGAUCUAAUGUGAAUUUUCUGUAAAACAGUGUUGAACAUAACCUUAAUAGCGAAAAUUGGAGUACUGUGUAUUGAAGAAGCGAUCGAGAAAAGAGUGAAACAAUCGAGUAUAUGUAAGCAUGGAACUUGCCAAAAAUGAGGACAGCGAGGCAAAUGUCACGCCGAACGAUAAUAUCGAACAGGAAGUUGAAGAUGGACCGUCGACUGGACUUAUUACUCGCCUUAUUCCUGGAUAUGAAACAUUUGAUGCUUUCCUUCAGGAAGCAUAUGAUACAAUGAGGUCCGGUAUCAAAGCAGCUAAUAAUCUGCCUGCUGGAAACAAUUUUAACUACUAUACUUGUUUUACAAGUUUUAACGAUGCCAUAAAUAAAGACAAAAGAAGAAUAUUGUCUACAAUGCAGGCUGUAAUAAAAUUAGCAGGAGGAUCUGGCACAAUCGGAGGUCGAGAUAUCGAUGAAAAGUUUGAUCUUUUAGAAGAAGCGAAUGAUCAGCUACUUGAUCAAGCUAAUAUAUUAAUGGACGAAGAAAGCGGUAUUAUGCGAAAUCCCAAAGUUGAAUUAGUCGUGUCGCAAAUGCCGAGAUCGGCAUUGAAUGGAAGUUGGAACGUAAGGCGUGAUAAAAUUGACAGCUCGGAUAAAUCUGACAAAAUACGAUUGCUGGCUGGCAAGAAUGUACAGAGACCACAGUUAAUGUUCAGGGAUAAAAUAGACAACAGUUCUAAACCGUGGAUACCUCGAAUUAAGGAUAAGCCAAACUCGCUGAAACCACUGGCUCUUUAUGUCGAAGAGAACGAGCAGGGCGAGAUCUUCAACCAUCCUUACGAGUUUGAGCUAAACAAAUUUGAAGUGCCGGAGUGUCAAUUGAAGAAGAGCAUCCCGGUCACAUACAAGUCAUUGGAGGACACCACACUUAAAUAUAUCGAUAAACCAGCCCAUCUUCAGGUUCUACUAGAGGAUCUGAAAAAUUAUAAAGAAAUCGCCAUAGAUUUGGAACAUCACUCGUACAGGACGUUUCAAGGUAUAACUUGCUUGAUGCAAAUAUCGACGGGAGAUACCGAUUAUUUGAUCGACACUUUAACCCUGCGAUCGGAAUUGCAUCAGCUUAACGAGAUCUUCACGAAACCAUCAAUCCUGAAGGUCUUUCAUGGCGCCGAUUCGGACAUUUUGUGGCUGCAAAAAGAUUUGUCGCUGUACGUAGUAAACAUGUUCGACACUCAUCAAGCCGCGAAACGACUCAACCAUCCCUAUCUCAGUCUGGCUUAUCUAUUAAAAAAGUACUGCGACUUGGAUCCUAAUAAACACUUUCAAUUAGCCGAUUGGCGUAUAAGGCCUUUACCAGCAGAACUGAUAAAAUACGCGAGGGAAGACACGCAUUAUCUGCUUCAUGUGAAGGACAUGUUGAAGAACGAAUUGAUUGACGCGGCUAACGGCAAGAGCAACGUCCUGAAGGCCGUGUACGAUCAAAGCACCGACAUCUGCAAGCAGACGUACGUGAAACCAGUCUGGACGGAGGAGAGUUGCAUGAACUUGUACAGAAAGAGCCAGAAGACGUUCAACAACAAGCAGAUGUACGCGCUUCUGGAGUUGCACAAGUGGCGUGACGAUACCGCGCGAGUAGAAGACGACAGCAUCGGUUACGUGUUGCCGAAUCACAUGUUGCUCAACAUAACCGAGACACUGCCGCGUGAGAUGCAGGGCAUUCUGGCAUGCUGCAAUCCCAUCCCGCCGUUAGUGCGACAGAACUUGCUGAAGAUACACAAGAUAGUGUUGAAAGCCAGAGAGCAACCGCUCGUAAAAUUUGUUGUCGAACAGGAUGUUCGGCAGAGACCGACGCAACAAAAUCGCGAGGUGAAUUCCGGAGUGUUGCUGUACACGCCGCACGAUAUACCGAGCGACAUGGAAGCGAGAGCGGACUUGCCUUGCCUUCUAGAUAAGAAAGACUCGGUGCAAUCGUUAAAAGUGAAGGAACACCAGAAGCACAUUGUGACGGUAUUCGACACACCAGUUGCGUCAGAGGAUGAAGAAACAAAGGACAGCAACGAUAAGAAGAAAGCUAUAUUUAUAAGUCCAUUUAUGAGAUAUAAAUGUGUGAUACCGAUGAUAGCCGAUUAUGAAGCAAAAGAGCGAGAGAAACAGCAAAAAGAGGAAGAAAACUGUUCGACUGCCAAAGUGGAACUCGUAGAUGAGACGGAAAUAAACGAGAGCAAAAAUCGAGUUCUUGAACAUUUCAAGGAAGUGUCACAAACUACGAAUAACGAAGUUGUGACAUCAGCAAAGAAGAAGAAGAAAAAGAAACCUAAACAUCUAAUCUUAGGUCAAAUGCAUGGCAGAAAAAGAAAAAGAGAAUCUAAUAUCAGAAAUAAGAGUCAAGAGGAAAGCUAUGAUAGCAACUUUUCUACUCCGUCGUCAUCUUUGGAUGCUACAAUUACACAUAUAUCUAAACAGAUGAGACCAGAAGUAGAAAUAAUCGAAGAACGAAACGUGCAGCAGAGCUUUGCUCCAGUUCAGGAUAGCAACAACUCUGCAGUACUUAAACCGAUGAGAAAUAAGAAAAAGAAAGAGAGGAAAGCAAACGAGAAGCUACUGAAGGCACAAGGUAUGUUACCAUCGAAACAAUUCGAUUACAAGUCGGUGGACUUCAGCAGCUUCCAAGGUGGCAGUAUCGAUGGGUUGCAGAAUACGUCAUCCCUGUCCUAUCAGGUGGAUUGUUUAGGCCUGGGAGAAACGGUUGCGAAGACUCUGAAAUUCUUCUUCCAGGACAAGGCUAAUGGCUCUAAUGCACUGGACGUGCAAUUUUUCUUGUCCUCGCGAAAUCAAUCGCGACGUGUGCAGGUGGUGCUUGGCGAGCAGUUCGGUUUAGAGUGGACGGAUUUUAAGAUGGAACGCAGGACGGUAGUCAUAGUACAUGGUUUCUUAUCGCAUGGCCAGGAGACGUGGAUUAGAAAUAUGGAGCAGGCGUUUCUCGAUUGGGAUGAUGUUAAUGUGGUGGUAGUAGAUUGGAGUGACGGUAGUAAUACAUGGAAUUAUUUUAAAGCAGCGGUCAAUACCGAGAUAGUAGGAUACCAAAUCUCAAAAUUGAUAGAACACUUAACGAACGCCACAAUCGAUAAGGAGCCGGAUACGAGUAAAUGGGGCCCGUUACAUCUGAUAGGGCACAGUCUUGGCGCUCACAUUUGCGGAUUCGCUGCGAAGAAUUUGAAAAAGAUGCAUAACAGCUGGACCGUGCAGAGAAUCACCGGAUUGGAUCCGGCGCAGCCGUGCUUUCGCAAUAUCGAUAGUUCUUUUCAUCUGGAUAAAGAUGAUGCGCCAUUCGUUGACGUGAUACAUACAAACGGCAAAUUUCUCAUGCAUCUGGGCCUCGGCUUGCCUAACGCUAUUGGUAACGCUGACUUUUAUCCAAACGGCGGUAAAGUGCAACCUGGCUGCGUGGACACGGAAUCAUCGAUUUUUUCAUUCCUUGAGAUUUUGCACAUUCCGAAAACCGUAAUAAACGAAGCUAUAUGUAGCCACGGGCGUUCUUACGUCUACUUCACGGAAUCUUUGGUGUCCGCCGUUGCGAAAAACUGCAGCUUCUGGGCGCACCAUUCGAAUGUGACGUAUAAAGACUUUUUGCGCGUGAUCUCGGAACCAUGCGACAGGAAUAUUUGUACGGAGAUGGGUAUCAGAGCGGAAACGUAUGAUGAUCGUGGGACCUUCUUCGUGACUACUUCCAACAGCGCUCCGUUUUGCGACCACAACUCUAACAUCGUAGCAGAGAUAAAAGAGCAAUUGAAUCAAGAUUAUCAAUACGAGAUAAAGGAUUUAUCGGACAAUCAUUCAUAGACUUGUUAUAUCUGCAAAUAAAUUUGUUUGCACGCGCGUUUUAUCCCUUUGCAUGAACACGACACAGUUGUUUCGAUGUUUCCCAGCACUGAUUAUAUUCGUGCAUGAUGUGCACAUGAUCAAAUGUUCUAUAAAUUAAAAAAAGAAGAGAAAAAAAACAUGAUAACCUGGGUUUCAAUAAAAUGAUAUGCGAUAUGCAUACAACAGAAAAUGGAAUUUGCUCGAAUUCUAAAAAAUAAAAUGGUGUAUAGAUAAAA